GGUUCCAUAGGCUCCUGUAUCUCUGCCAUACUCUCUUCUAAGCUCUCCUCCAGCUUUGUUCCCCAAAAAGCUCAAAUAUUUUUUGUGUACCGGUAACCACAACAAAAUCCGAUUCUGAUUCCCACAAACACACAGAAAGAGAUCAAAGAUGACUGAGGCAAUGGUCAGGAAGAAGCCUGGCAUGGCCAGCGUCAAGGACAUGCCGGUCCUCCAGGACGGUCCACCACCAGGUGGGUUUGCUCCCGUCCGGUACGCUCGCCGGAUCCCCACCAAGGGUCCCAGCGCCAUGGCCAUUUUCCUCGCUGCAUUCGGCGCUUUCUCUUGGGGCAUGUAUCAGGUCGGCCAGGGAAACAAGAUCCGCAGGGCACUAAAGGAAGAAAAAUAUGCAGCCCGCAGAGCAAUAUUGCCAGUGUUACAAGCUGAAGAAGAUGAAAGAUUUGUACAAGAGUGGAAGAAUUAUCUUGAAUAUGAGGCUGAAGUAAUGAAGGAUGUCCCUGGUUGGAAAGUUGGUGAGAGUGUCUACCAUUCUGGUAAAUGGGUGCCUCCAGCAACUGGCGAACUCCGUCCUGAUAUAUGGUGACACUAUUUCCAACCAUGGUUAUUUUUGUGGUUGAUGUUUGAUACUCAAAUAGAGUUUCUGUUUCUCUUUAUGCAUGUUUGUUUGUUGCCAUUUCCUGGCACUGCUCUUGUGAAAUAAAAGUGCAGCAGAAGAACCUCUUUACCUGAUUUUUAAAUACUUUCCACAGAAUGGUCUUAGUUAAUUCUUAUGAUGUCACUGUCACCCUUUAGAAUUCAACGAUAGACUUUUUCUGGUGC